AGAGAUUUCACACCCUACCCACAGUCACAAACUAAGCACUUCUCAGACUUUCUCUCCCUGUCAUCAGAACUCUCGGCUACGUAACACAGAUGAAGGUUUUCUCAUACUUCAAAAGAGCCAUCCAUGGCCGCCCUGCUUACUCUGGCCUUCUGGCUAUCUUCACUCUCAGUAGCGGAGGUUUCGUGGCAUACUCAGAAUCACAGUCAGACAGAGGCAGACAGAGUGUUGAGCUUAAUGAAACGGAACCCAAGAAGAAGAGGGUGGUGGUGCUUGGAACAGGAUGGGCUGGUACAAGUUUUCUAAAGGACUUGGAUGUUUCAUCAUAUGAUGUUCAGGUGGUUUCCCCUUGUAAUUAUUUCGCAUUUACACCAUUGUUGCCUAGCGUCACAUGUGGAACAGUUGAGGCACGAAGUAUUGUAGAGCCAGUUCGGAAUAUAAUAAAGAAGAGAAACGGAGAAAUUCAAUUUUGGGAAGCAGACUGUCUCAAGAUUGAUGCAGCAAACAAAAAAGUUUUAUGCCGGUCUAAUCUAGAUGAAAAAUUAGCUGGAACUAAUGAGUUUCUUCUAGAAUAUGACUAUUUAAUUAUUGCAGUAGGAGCUCAAGUAAACACUUUCAACACCUCUGGCGUCUUGGAACAUUGCCAUUUUCUGAAGGAAGUAGAGGAUGCUCAAAAGAUCCGCAAGGGCAUAAUAGAUUGCUUUGAAAAGGCUGUCCUUCCAGGCUUGAGUGAAGAAGAGAGGAGGACAAAUCUCCAUUUUGUAAUUGUGGGAGGGGGUCCAACCGGUGUGGAAUUUGCUGCAGAGCUGCAUGACUUUCUCAACGAAGAUUUAGUCAAGUUAUAUCCUACAGUUAAAGAUCUAGUAAAAAUUUCAUUGAUCCAAUCUGGAGAUCAUAUCCUGAACACAUUCGAUGAAAGGAUUAGUUCAUUUGCUGAGCAGAAAUUUCAAAGAGAUGGUAUUGACAUUUUAAUAGGAUGUCGGGUUGUCAGUAUUUCUGAUAAACUGAUCAACAUGAAGAUUAAAUCAACUGGAGAGGUUUCCUCAAUACCCCAUGGGAUGGUGGUGUGGUCGACUGGCAUUGGGACCCGUCCAGUUGUGAGGGACUUGAUGGAACAAAUUGGCCAGGGUCAUAGACGUGUUCUUGCAACUGAUGAAUGGUUGAGAGUAAAGGGCUGUGAUGAUGUGUAUGCCCUUGGUGAUUGUGCCACUAUAGAUCAACGUAAAAUCAUGGAAGAUAUCUUGAACAUAUUUAAGGCUGCUGAUAUAGACAACUCUGGCACCCUAACUAUUGAAGAAUUUAAAAAUGUAAUUGAAGACAUCCUCAUAAGGUACCCCCAAGUGGAACACUAUCUAAAAAGCCAGCAUCUGUCGGAUGUGACAGAUCUUUUGAAGGCGUUGAAGGGAAAUGAUAGAGAUGGAGUGGAUAUCGAAGGUUUUAAAGCAGCCCUUUGUCAUGUGGAUUCGCAGUUGAAGAGUUUUCCAGCAACUGCUCAGGUUGCUGCACAACAAGGUGCAUAUCUUUCCAGGUGCUUUAACCGUAGGAAGCAGUGUGCAAGUAAUCCAGAAGGUCCUCUCCAUUUCAGAGGUUCUGGGCGUCAUCAGUUUCGACCCUUCCGGUACAAGCAUUUGGGGCAGUUUGCUCCCUUGGGUGGCGAGCAGGCAGCAGCAGAACUGCCAGGAGACUGGGUUUCCUUGGGACACAGCACACAGUGGCUAUGGUAUUCUGUAUAUGCAAGCAAGCAAGUAAGCUGGCGCACAAGGAUGUUAGUGGUGUCUGAUUGGACAAGGCGAUUCAUUUUCGGGAGAGAUUCAAGUCGUAUUUGAGGCAAAAACUUGGUGAACUAUAUAGUUUAUCAUGAGACAUACAGAUUCUCCAAUUGCACCUUCCAAGUCCUGAUGUAUUUUUUCAUCCCCUCUUUCUCUCUAUGGAUGUGUACAUUAUGAAUCUAUGAUAUAUGGUGGUUGUGGAAGCUGGUGGCACAUGCUGCUACCACUGCUGUUACAAAAUUACUACUAUAUUUCGGAUUAUUACUAAUGAACUGAAUGUUUAAUUGUUUAUGGUGCUAGCGACACAAUUGCUGAAAUUAAAGGAUUGUGAUGCUUUAUUUCAAAGUA